AUGUCUGUACCAAAAACUCAUGCAAAUGAUAAAAACUCCUCAGUCAUAGUGGAUGAUUAUUCUCCAAAUAAAUCAACUCCAAUUGUUGCUACAGAUUCUCGUGUUCCUUAUGUUCCUGAUCAAAUUUUCAUUGGUGGUCGUAAAUCAAAAUUAGCUGUUGCUCAAAGUGAAAUUGUUAAAUCCAAAAUAAAGGAAAAUUUCCCUUCAAUCUCAUGUCCAAUUUUGGCUUUAACUACAUUAGGUGAUCAAGUUCAAAAUAAACCAUUAUAUUCAUUUGGUGGUAAAUCUUUAUGGACUAAAGAAUUGGAAAUCUUAUUAUUACAAGAUAUGGGUGAAUAUCAUCAAUUAGAUUUGAUUGUCCACUCAUUAAAAGAUAUGCCAACCAAUUUACCAGAAGAAUUUGAAUUGGGUUGUAUUAUUAAAAGAGAAGAUCCUUCAGAUGCUGUCUUGAUGGCUAAGAAUUCCCCUUAUAAAUCUUUACAAGAAUUACCUUCAGGUUCAGUUGUUGGUACUUCAUCAGUUAGAAGAUCUGCUCAAUUAAAGAAAAACUUCCCUCAUUUAAUCUUUGAAAGUAUUCGUGGGAAUUUACAAACAAGAAUUUCAAAAUUAGAUGAUGAUUCAACAGAUUUCAAAUGUAUUAUAUUGGCAACUGCUGGUUUAACAAGAGUCGGUUUAGAACACCGUAUCACCCAACGUUUAGAUGCUUCAUUAAUGUAUCAUGCAGUUGGUCAAGGUGCCUUGGGUAUAGAGAUUAGAAAUAAUGAUGCUAUUAUCAAACCAAUUUUGAAAACUAUUGAAGAUGUUAAUGCAACCAUUUGUUGUUAUGCUGAACGUGCCUUAAUGAGAACUUUAGAAGGUGGUUGUUCAGUUCCAAUUGGUGUUUGGACCACUUAUGAUGAUGAAACUAAAAUGUUGAAUUUGAAAGCUUUAGUUAUUUCAGUUGAUGGUCAAAAACAUGUUGAAGAUGAAAUUACAUUGAAAAUUGAUGAUUAUAAAAAAGAUUCAGCUACAUGUGGUGAAGUAUUAGCUAGAAAAUUGAUUGAUUUAGGUGCUAAAGAAAUUCUUGAUGAAAUCAAUUUUGAUAAAAUUAAUGAAAAAGAUGAAUAA